CUUCGAAACUUCAAGCAAACCUGUGUAGGUUUUUGUGCUAUUUCCAUAUACUACGCCUUGUAGUUUUGUCUUUAAACAUGAAGUCUACAUGUGCAGGCUGUAUACUUCCAUCAACGGUGAUUCUUUUGAUAGUUUUUCCAUUAAUUUAUGGAACCCCGUCGAGAUACAGUUUAUUCCAAGGCUCCCCGUACUCCAGCUCGAUUGCACAGCAAAGGAACAAAAAUUGGUGUGCCUUCGUCGUGCACAAGAACGUGACUUGUGUUGUGCUGGGGGGGACGGAGAGCGUCGUGGAACCCGAGAUCGCGCCUUGCCCAAUGCAUCAGCCUGACUGCGCGCAGCGUGUAAUAUACCGUACUCAUAUGAGACCCAUGUACAAGGUGGGCCACAAGCAGGUGACUGAACUGGAGUGGAGAUGUUGCCCAGGUUUCCAUGGUCAUGACUGCAUGGAGCUUAAGGAUCCUGGAUUGGUUCCUCAUGUUCUCCAAGAACCACGCCCAGAUCCACCACCCAUUCAUGGGCAGCAACCGAAUUUCCUUGGACCAGAAGUGUUCUCUGGUUCACAUCCUUGGACACAGCCUGGCCAAAAUGGACAAACCCGGCAGACUGAGGGUGGCUAUUCUGGGAAAGCUGGAGGCCACAAUGAUGGUUCUAGAGUCACAGAGCUAGAGGAGGAAGUGCAGCGACUCUCCCAAGCGGUCCUUGACUUGCAGGCUGCUAACAAUAAUCUGCGGCUUGACCUGGAAGAGGACACGAGCAAGAUUAUUCUAAACUUCCUGGGUAAUCUACGACAGCCGCAGGGCGCCCUGGCUGGAGGAACUGAAAGUAUCCUGCUGCCCUUGGACCUUCCAAUUACUUCAGUGACAGAUGAGAUCCAGGAGCAGGUCCAGGAGCUUUCCAACACCAUCAGCACCAACACCAACACAAUCCAUCACCUUGAGACAAAGCUGCAGCACCUUGAAGGCCAGGUGAAUCGGCUAAACGAAGUAUCUGCAGUUUCUCAUCCAUCCCCUCCCUCGGCUCCUGACUGCCCUUGCCAAGCUUACAUUGAUGAACAAUUUCAAGCCAUCCGCACCGAGAUGCUGGAAGGAAUGGACAUUAAGAUGGCUGAUUUGAAGAAUGCUUGUGACUACAAAAUGCUCUCGGUUAAAGAGCAGUGUGAAGAGCAGGAGGCCUCCUACUUCAGUCUCACUGAGCUCCUGGAGUCCAAAGAAGCUCGUCUCCACCAGGAGAUCGGAGACUUGCAGCGCCUUAUCUCAGCAGGCAUUCCGAAUGGGUCAGAUGUCCUGGACCUUCAACUGGACAUCCAGAACAUGAAGAAUGCACAUCAGAGCCUGGCUAGUGAAUUGAAUGAGACGAUCACUCAGCAGGAGGCCCAAGAGGAGGAGUUCGAGGCGAAGUUUAGCCUGGUGGAGAGGAGGGUGGCGGUGCAGUUCCUCCAACUAGAAGAAAUGCUGAGGAAGGAAUUGGAAGAAGGCAAAGAAUCACAAAACAAAGCACUGGAGAGUCAGAUUAGUGCAACUCUGCAAAGUGUAGAAGGCCCACAAUCACAAACAACAGAUCACACAAACAGCCAAUACAUGGCAGAGAUUGAGAAACACACUGGAAGCCUGAAGAGUGAGGUGGGCUCUCUCGCGAAACAGGUUAAAAAUAUGGAGAACUCAGUCAGAGGGCUUAAUCAGAUGGUCAACUGUCAAAAUCACACUGAUGAGCUCUCUAACAGAUUAGACAAAUUGGAGGAGGAUUGUGGGAGGAGCCAAGAAGUGGUCAUCAGGCUGGAAGGCGUGUUGUCUGGGGUUGACGGACGGUUGACCAGAAUCGAAAGCCUGUGUGGGAGGCUGGAGCCAAUGUCGGACAGCCUUCUGCGGAUUAAAGAUGGACUCAACAAACAUGUUCAUGGACUUUGGAACUGCAUCCGGCAGCUCAACAGCACUGUCCUCGCGCACUCCACAGACAUCAAUGCUUUGAGAACAAAUACACACACCACAGUGUGCAAGCAGAACAGAACCACCAGUACACCUCAGUACACAGGUGUUCAUGGUGGUAUGGAAGAGUCCAGUGUUCCCAUGGAGACAAGCUCUGCCCUUCCACCUUCUCCUGUCUUGGAGUCUGGGGAGGCGGGACCACCCGGAACCAAGAUCUCCUCCCGCCCUCCUCAGGGAGCCAAUGGCAGCAUGACACCUGUUAAAGGAUAUGCUGCCGCACCAGGCUAUCCGCCUUCAUCUCCAGUCUCCAUCAUCCCUCACAUUCUCUCAGGUGGUACGAGUACGAGUGCUCCCGUGUCAUUUUCAUCUGGUCUGACUCUCUUAUCAUCUUACUCUGGAGAGGUUGGCAUCAUCCGCUUCAACAAAGUGCUGCUUAAUGAUGGCAGACACUACGACCCAAAUACAGGUGUAUUUACUGCGCCCAUGGAUGGGCGGUACCUGCUAAGCGUUGUGAUAACAGCUCCAGAAGGAGACCGAGCACAAGCGGUUCUUUCAGUAGCCAAUCGCAGCAUCCAGAGGCUUGACACAUCAGGAUCAGGGGCCGUGGCCUCCACAGGUUGCCUCUGCGGUGGUUCCGCCUCCGCCAGCCUUGUGCUUGACCUUAGACAGGGCCAGAAGGCAGGUGUUGUACUGAUGUCUGGAACGCUGGCAGUGUCUGUCUCCACUGAAGUCCUUUCCACAUUUAGUGGUGUACUGCUUUACCCCUUACAAGCCAAUAGAUAACCCAUCGUCAGCAGGCUAGACCAAGCAGGUUCAACCGUGGAAUGUCAUAUGGAUUCGUGGUGUCACGCCAUCCUGGGACGUCGGGCAGAAAUGGAACCACUCAAAGAAAAAAGGAUCAUGUUUUGAAGAGGCAAAAUGCCUGUUUCUGCUAUAAAAGUCAUUUAAAACAUAAUUCCUUAAUUUUAAAGCCCUAUAAGAUAUAUGACGUAUGGUGAAAAGGGAUGAUGUCCAAAUUCUGAACCAGGAAAGAAAUUCUAUAUGAUGUUUCAAGAAACAUAUUCCUAUGAAGAGUAUACCAAGAGACAUUAUUAUAAUUACAAUUAUGGGGUAAUGUGGUCACAAAGUAACAAAGUCCAAAAUUUUAAACAAUUGUCUGAUGUUUUGUAGGGCUGUAAUUUAGUCAUUUGUGAGAACAGAAGUAUUAACAUUUCCUCAGUUUGUUUCCGGAGAGCUAAAUGUCUUCCCUCAAAUGUUCGUUCUUAACAGCAGCACUAAUAGUAAAGGGUCAGUUCUUGUCUGUCUCAACUACAAAUUCUUUAAACUAUUUAAUGAAGGAUCGAGGCUUCCAUUAUAUCAUUGUUUUGGAGAUGCCAGUUUUUCAUAGUGACAGUAUCAUAAUUUUAUUUAUGUAUGAUGCAUACACCAUUAUGCAGGGAGGUGUGAUAGUUUCUUGUUUUUUAUUGAAACAAUAAAAUGUAAACAGCCGCCUUAUUAAAAAUUUCAUAUAUAUAUAAAAAAACACAAAUGUGUGGGUGUAGUUGCUCAUCUGUGUGGAAGCUAUUUGUUUAACAAAACAUAUUACUAGAUAUUUUUAAGUACUGAAACUAAGUCCUGAAAUGAUUGUACAAAGCCUUAUUACAGAAAAGAAUCUACUGUAACAGAGGACUCUCUGUUCUAAGUGCACUCAUUUUAUGAGUAGCACACAGUGAUCUAUGGUACCAUUAUUAUGAAGAAUAUGGGCCUAUAUCAGAAACAUGAACUUUUAAUAAUGUCUUAUUUAGUAAGUUGACAGUGUGAUUGGCAAUGUUCAAAUGAUGUAAUGAAUGAAUGCCAUUUUGUACUGCCAAACAGAAAUAAUAAAUAUGUUUUUUUUGUUUUUUG